UCCAAGGCCAAGAAGACGAACGCCGGCAUCCGGCGCCCGGAGAAGCCGCCCUACUCGUACAUCGCGCUCAUCGUCAUGGCCAUCCAGAGCUCGCCCACCAAGCGCCUGACGCUCAGCGAGAUCUACCAGUUCCUGCAGAGCCGCUUCCCCUUCUUCCGCGGCUCCUACCAGGGCUGGAAGAACUCGGUGCGCCACAACCUCUCGCUCAACGAGUGCUUCAUCAAGCUGCCCAAGGGCCUGGG